UGGAAGUAUGGAACCAGCUUUUUUUCGUGGUGAUCUUUUAUUCUUAGGAAUGCCCGAUGAACCUGUACGAGUUGGUGAUAUAUGUGUGUUCAAGAUCUCCGGUAGAGAUGUGCCAAUUGUUCAUCGAGUAAUAAAACUACACGAUGAGAGAAAAACGGGGAAACAGUACAUUCUCACUAAAGGUGAUAAUAACCAAGUAGAUGAUCGAGGACUGUAUAACCCAGGACAGCAAUGGAUUCAUAAAGAAGAUAUUAUUGGGAAAGUUAAAGG